CCCAUAAUGCGUAGUUCAACAUGGCUGCGUCCUGAUAUAGGCGUGUGUGUAAACAUUUCUAUCAUUAAUUUUCUGCUCUAUAAACGAUAAAGUCCGGUUUUUGUAGGACCCCCAGUUUUUGUAACAUAUUUAUUCCGUUACUGAAACACGAGACAAAAUGAAGAUCAAGUCCAAGUCUUCCUAUCACAAAUCAGAGAACACUUUCAGGUUUUUAACUUUUGCUGAAAGACUCUCAAACGUUAACAUCGAUGUCAUCCAUCGCAUCGACAGAACUGGAUCCUACGAAGAGGAAGUAGAAACCCACUUCUCAGAAGGACUGACGAAAUGGAGAGACCUGAACUUGACGGAGCAUUUCACUACGUUUAUGAAGGAGGUAGCCAACAAGAGCCAGUCUUUCAACAUGCUGGUUUUCCAUCAGAAGUUCAUAGUGGAGACUCUGAAAACACAUCUGGCUGUGAAAAACAGCCUGGCCUACCAACCCCUUCUGGACUUGGUGGUGCAGCUCGCCAGAGACCUGCAGACAGAUUUCUACCCUCACUUCUCUGACUUCUUCGUUCUGAUCACCUCACUGCUGGAAACAAAGGAUACAGAGCUACUGGAGUGGGCUUUCACCUGCCUCUCCUACCUCUACAAGUAUCUGUGGAGGCUCAUGGUGAAGGACAUGACCAGUAUAUACAGUUUGUACAGCUCGCUGUUGGCGCACAAGAAGGAACACAUCUGUAAGUUUGCAGCGGAGAGCUUCUCCUUUUUGAUGAGAAAGGCCCCAGAUCUUGAUGCCCUGCUGAAUCACAUGUUUGCAGACUUGGAGCAGCACCCUGAGAAGGGGGAGGGAGUGGGUCAGCUGCUGUUUGAGAUGUGCAAAGGAGUUCGGAAUAUGUUCCACUCCUGUGCUGCAGCUGCUCUUCCCGUGGUGCUACAUAAGCUUGGGCCCACGACCUGCCGGGGUGUCUCUCUGCCCUGGGAAGAGGUCAGGGAUGCUUUGGACCACAUGGCCCAAGCUGCUGUCAGCCAUGUUGACAGGGAGCACUUCCUGGUUUUGUGGGAAAGCCUGCAGGUCUCUGUAGAGGAGGUUUUUUCUGUCCUUGAGGGAAAGACGGAAGACGGAGCAAUGGAGCAGCUUGAGAGGCUGCUGUUUAUUCUCCACACCUUGGUGUCCCACAAGGGUGGAGCCAAAGUCACUAAACCAGAGGAAGUUUGUCAGAUAAUUCUGCGGCUGAUUGAGAGCUCUUCCUUGUCCACCUCCUGCUCCCGCCUCCUCCUCCAGAUCACCUCCUCUCUGCUGCUCGGGGAGAACAUCAGCCUGUCUGAGGCGCUUGUGCAGAAAAUCAUCCAAAAGGUGUUUGUUUGCAAAAUAGAGCAGGGUCUGAUUUUGGAGUUCACCAAGGAGAUGUUCCCCAUGAGUCAGUUUGAGAAGCUCUUCCUCCCUAGCCUGCUACACUUUGUCUCCGGCUUAUUCAGCCACAGGGAUGCCCCGUCUCAUCACAGUGCUCUCGACAUACUUGUCAGUCUGAUCCUCGCCAAAGCCCCGCCCCCUACUGAUGGCUCCAUGGCAUUUGAAACCUACCCGCUUCUGUUCACCCCAGGCAGUAAGGAGGCUGAUGAGACACCGGUACCAGAGCUGGUCUUGUCACUGAUCAGACUCCCAGAGGGACGGUCCAUCACUGACCUGUCACGACCCUGGUCUGCGUUGGUGCUGCUGCCACAUCUCAGACCUCUGUCUCAGACCGAUGUUGUUCCUGCUGUGGUGGCUUUGUUCAACCACCUGCUGCAGGAAAUUGAGGCAGAGAAAAUGGGAAAAGCUGCUCUGUUUGUGGCCAGGCAGGCUCUGAGCUGCCUCUUCUCUCUGGACAGCUCCUCCCACCUCCUCUCACUGGUGUCUGUGGACAAAAUCAACUCAGUCCUGCAGAAGUUUCCCGCAGACCUGUCAGCUCUGCUGAUCGGAGACUUGUUCUACACCCGCCUGUCCCUCAGUGGAGCAUCGCACCACCUUUCCCAUAAUGCAUUGCUGAGGCUUUAUGAGAUGUUGCACACUAAUCUUUCCUCAAACAUUUCAAAGAUCCGUCUGCUGACCCUGAGGAUCUUCUCUCAGUUCGAGGCCGAGCUCCCACCGCAGCCUGAGGGUGAGGAACAUGUGAAGGUGCAGGCGGUGUUUGCCAUCUGCCUGCUGGCGGAGCUGGUGCCAGCCUCUGUGCAGGACUACAGAGAGAAGCUGCUCCAUCUGCGGAAGCUGAGACACGACCUGGUGCAGCGCUGCCUCCCACAGGGACCGGCCUUCCAGCAGGCUCCUCUGCGGUAUCUCAUAGCAAUGCUUUUUGUGAACUUCAGGCCUCUGUGGGAUUCAGUCAUUGAACUUCUUGUGAGCCAUGCCAGAGGAAUGGACAACAAGGACUUCUGGAAGGUUUAUUAUGAGCAGCUGGAGAUGGUUGCAGCACUGGCAGAGAAAGAGCUGGAUGAGGGUGACGAAGAUGACGGUGGAGAGGAAGAGUCCAGUCUGCGAGGCGAGUUGGGCUGUAAUGUCAUUGAAAGUGGUGAUGUUGGAGUGCUGUUCCUGAAUCAGCUCAAGCUGACCUCCAUCCCAAACGAGAGAACAGACUUUCCCAACUUCCGCAGCCUGCUGUGGCGAGCCAUGUCCCAGUUCCCUGAGCGGGUGGAGCCUCGGAGCCGCGAGCUGAGCCCGCUGCUCCUCCGGUUCAUCAGGAACGAGUUCUACUCCACCGACCUGCUGGUGGCACCUACUCAGGACCUGAGGAAGAGAAAUAACACAGAUAUGGAAGAAGAGAAUCAUGAGGAAGAGGAGGAUGAGGAGGAGGAGGAGGGAGGCAGACAAAAGAGAAGGGCACUUCCCAGGAGAGUCGCUGCAAAGCAGCUGAUCGCUCACCUGAAGGUGUUUGCUAAAUUCACCAACCCCCGAGCGCUGUACCUGGAGAGCAGCCUGAGUGAGCUCUACAACCAGCUGCUGUGCCAUCAGGACCAGCAGAUUCAGCAGGCGGUUCUGGACUGUGUUCUCACCUACAAAGACCCAAACAUCACACCGUACAAGGAAAAUCUGGAGAGGCUGCUGGAUGACAAACACUUCAAAGAUGAGAUUGUUCAUUUCAACAUUUCUGAUGAGUCGGAGGUGAUCGCUGCUUCCCACAGAGGGCGACUGAUUCCACUGCUCAUGAGGAUCCUGUUUGGCAGACUCAGAAGUAAAGCCAGCAGUAAGUUCCAGGGGAAGGCGUGCACCGCCACACGCUCCUCCAUCAUUUUGCGUUUCCUGGCAGGUUGCCAGGCGGAGGAGCUGGGGAUGUUCAUCGACCUGCUCCUGGAACCCAUCAGCCAUUACAGCCAAGGCUCCUGUCUGGCUGCGGUGCAGAAGGCUGUAGCUGAGACAGACCUGGCCGCCGUUCUUCCUCUGGGCCGCCAGCACAGCCUGCUGAACAUCAUCAGCGUUGUGAUCCACAAGCUGGGACACCUCAUCCACAUCUACCUGCCCAAAGUGCUGCAGAUCCUCCUGUGUGUCACCGCAUCUGUGUCCACCAUCCUGGACCAGAGAGACCAGCUUCGAUCAGGAUGCAUCAGUCCUCUGAAGAACCUGAGGAGACUUGGUAUUCUGAGGAUUCUGGACUUCUUCGAUGCGUUUGACUUUUACAGCUUCAGCCCUGAUGAGAUCGAUGCCGUGUUUGAAGCUGUGGUUUGGCCUCAGGUGUGUCGCCUCUCCAAAGAGAGCCCCUACUCCCCCACACCACUGCUGAAAGUCAUCCACGUGUGGUGCAAAGAUGCCAAGUUUUUCCCCCUCCUCGCCAAGUGCAGACCCGACCACUCCGAGUGCGACGUCCUUCUGAACGUCUUUGCUCUCCUCUCUAACAAAAAUGCCUCUCCAGCUACCAUCGCCAUGGUGAUGGACAUGGCCGAGUCUCUCGCAACAGUAGAAGAUUUUGUCGCUUCAGAAACUGAAACGGGGCUCGUCGUGAACGGCUGUGUGUUCCCGGAGCCUGAAGAGGGCACUGUCAGCAUUUCCGAAUCACUGACUCAGGGCUCCAGGCUGCUGCUGCCUCACAUCUCCACCCUGCUGCAGUACCUGAGCGGCGUGGUACGCAACACCGACCGACUCAAGAAGAAGAAGUUCAGGAUGCAGGUGGCCAAAGAGCUCAACAUCCUCUCCAAGGUGAGUCGGUUCGUGAGCAACAAGGAGCAGAGCUCAGUGCUCAUCGGUCUGCUGCUUCCUUAUCUCCAAAAGGGCCACAACCCUCAGGAGACAGAGAUCGACAUCCUUGCCACCAUUCAGAACCUGCUGCGGCAGUGCCUCCAGCCUUCAGCCUUCCUGCGGCCGCUCGGUAAACUCUUCUCCAUCAUUCACAACAAGCUGCCCAGACAGGCCCUCGUCAGCAGCUUCCAGACUCUGUCAGAUCUGGAUCCUUCCCUCAUAUACAUCACUGAUUUAGCAGCAAAGCUAAACGCGUUCGACAGUCGACACCUGGAUGAGAUCUACUUUGAUGUGCGUCUGACGGCGUUCCAGGACGCCACCAGGCGAGUCAGAGAAAUGCAAACUCUGGACCUGGAUUACAUCGCCACCGUCGUAUACAACUGCUUCCACACAUAUGAGAUCGGUGACAUGUCGCUGGCAGACAACGCCACCUUGUGUUUGUCUGCAGUGGUCGAGCAGGUGGCGACAGUCGGGGCUGGAGAGCAGGUCUACAAGGAUUUGAUACAACACAUCAUCCUGGAUGCGUUGCAUAAAGGACUCCGAAGCAAAACAGAGAGUGUGCAGCAUGAAUACACCUCUGUCCUCGCCUGUCUGGUGAAGAACUUUCCCACCAAGAAGGAGUUCAGAGACCUGGUGCAGCUCACCGACUACAACGACCCCGAGUCUGACUUCUUUGAGCACAUGAAGCACAUCCAGAUCCACCGUCGAGGUCGUGCUCUCAGGAAGCUGGCCAAACAGCUGACGGAGGGCACGGUAGUGAUGACGCCGCGGUCCCUGCAGAACUACAUCAUGCCGUACGCCAUGACGGCGCUGAUGGAUGAAAAGAUGCUGAAGCAUGAGAACAUGAUGUCAGCGUCGGUGGAGGUGGUGGGCGCGGUCUGUCGCAGGCUCACCUGGUCUAAGUACCUGUACUACCUGAAGCACUUCAUCCACAUCCUGCAGACGUCUCAGGCUGAACAGAAACUGGCCGUCAGUUUACUCAUCACCGUGUUGGAGUCGUUCCACUUUGAUCAUCAGACCCUCAGCAGAGAGAUGGAAGCUGCCAAAGCCAGAGAAGCUGGGAGUGUUGCGGUCCAGGCAGAUGAUGAAGAUGAAACUGCUGCUGAUGAACUGGACGCUAGUGGCGAUGAAGAUGAGGAGAUGGAGAUUGAUGGCAAGGCUGCUUCCAUUGAUGUUCCCAUGGAAACAGAUCCUGCAGAAGGCCAAAAGAAGGAAGCUUCUGAUAAAUCCAAAACAAAACCGGCUCCCAAGUUACCAGUGGUGUCCAGCGGUCUGCCUCAGAGCCGAGAGGAGCUGGAAUCCCUGAUCAGUGCCAUUCAUGAGACUGUUAAUGUCAGCGUGCUGCCUCGUCUGAGCAAGUGCCUCACUGCUAAGGUGACGAGGGACGAGGAGCACAAGGCAGUGAAGUCUAAGGAUGUGAAGGACGAGGAGGUGGUGCGGGUACCGAUAGCCUUCGCUAUGGUCAAACUGAUGCAGACUCUGCCUCCACACAUCAUGGAGGCCAAUCUCCCUGGGAUCCUGAUCAAAGUGUGUGUUCUGCUGAGGAACCGAUUCCAGGAGAUCCGUGACGUAGCGAGGGGAACGCUGGUGAAGAUCAUCGAGACUUUAGGCUGCAGAUAUCUGCAGUAUCUGCUCAAAGAGAUGCAAGGAGUUCUGGUCAAAGGUUACCAGGUGCACGUGUUGACGUUUACAGUCUAUCAGCUGCUGUCGGUGCUCAGUCCAACCCUGAAGAGUGGAGACUUGGACCCCUGCAUGAACAUGCUCAUUGAUAUCUUCAACAACGAGCUGUUUGGCGCCGUGGCUGAGGAGAAGGAGGUGAAGGGGAUCGUCUCUAAGCUGAUGGAGGCAAGACACAGCAAGAGCAUGGACUCCUACGAGCUGCUGGCUCAAUUCUGCAGCAAGGAGAGCAUCACCAAGCUCAUCCUUCCUCUCAAGGAGAUCCUAGAGAACUCCUCCAGAUUGAAGGUGUGUAAUCGGGUUGCUGCUGUGCUUCGGCGGCUGAUCCUGGGUCUGCUCGUCAACAGCGGCAUGACUUCACAAGACAUCCUGCUGCUGAGCCACGGUCUGGUGAGCCAGAGCCUGCCACUGCUCACCAAGAGGGACAGAGAGACAGCGUCUGCUGGGCCUCCUCCUGACCCCAGGCUGCCCCCUGCCAGCUGCCUCCUCCUGCCUCCCACUCCAAAGAGAGGAGGUCAGAAAGCUGCUGUGAGCAGCCGCACCAACAUGCAUGUCCUGGUGGACGCUGGUCUGAAGCUGCUCCAUCUGAGUCUGAAGAGGUCUAAAGUGAAUUCUUCUGAGCCUUCAGCUCUAGAGAUGCUGGAUCCAUUCAUCCUGCUGCUGCUUGAAUGUCUAGACUCCAUGCAUGUCAAGGUGAUCACGGAGGCUCUGGCAGGAUUUGCCUGUCUGCUGAAGUUCCGCCUGCCAGCGGUGGAGCAGAAUGCCGGCCAGCUGACCAAGCAGCUCUUUGUGCUGCUGAAGGACUACUCAAAGGCUGGAGCCGCCCGCGGGGAGAACUAUCAGCUGGUCCAGAACUGCUUCAAGGCCAUGACGGUUCUGGUAAAGAACGUCAAAAACAAUGUCAUCUCUGAGACGCAGCUGCAGGUGCUGCUGGGAUACGCUGAGGAGGACAUUUAUGACCAGUCGCGCCAGGCCACCGCCUUUGGACUGCUCAAGGCCAUCCUGUCCAGGAAGCUCAUCGUUCCAGAGAUGGAGGGGGUGAUGAGGAAAGUAGCCAAAUUAUCCGUUACCGGGAGCAACUCCAUGAUCAGAACUCACUGUCGACAGAUUUAUCAGAAGUACCUGCUGGACUACCCUCUGGGCAAGAAGCUGCAGAGACACAUGGACUUUGUGGUGGCCCAGUUGCAGUAUGAACACGACACCGGCAGGGAGUCGGUGCUGGAAAUGCUGGCAUUCGUCUUCCAGACUUUUCCUCAGAAGCUGCUGUUUAAGUACAGCAGCCUGUUCUUUGCUCCGCUGGCGCUCGUUGUAGUGAAAGAUAACUCGGCACACUGUAAAAAAAUGGCUGCCAUGGCCAUCAAGACGCUGUUGGCCCAGCUGGACUUGAACCAUCAGAACACCUUGUUUGCUUUUGUCAACACCUGGCUGAAUUCAGAAAAGACCAGUUUGCGCCGCCUCGGCGCUCAGAUCUGCGGCCUGUUCGUGGAGGUAGAGGAGGAGAAAUUUGCCAAUCGAAUGGAGGAGCUGCUGCCUCUGCUGGAGAGAGAGAUCCAUCCUGAUAACUUUGAAGAUAUCGAAGAGGAGCAGGAUGAGAGAGGGGGCGACAGGCUACUGUUCUGUUAUCUGACCCUCAUCUCCAAACUGAGCAAACACUGUCACCUGCUAGAGCUCAGCAAGCCUCGCGACACACUCCUCCAUAUCUGUGGUCAUAUUGAAGCCCACCUGCGACACCCUCAUUGCUGGGUCUGGCUCACUGCCUCGCAGCUCUUUGGUCAGCUCUUUGCAGCUCAGCAGGCGGAGGAGCUGGUCUCCAUUUGGAAAGGGGAGGGAGGAGACACUUCGUCUCGGUCGGUGGCUACAGACUUCCUCAGCAGCAGCCUGGACAAGAAGGUGAGAGAGUUGGCGUUAUCCUUCUGCCAUCAGCUGCAGUCUAAGUUUUUAGACACAUCAUCGGGGGAGCAGGUGAUCAAGAACCUCCUCUUCAUUGGUAAGGUAAUUUACCUCAUAUCUCCAGAAUCUCAUGUUGAUUCUCAAGAACUGGAGGAAGAGGAGGACAUGGAGAAUGAUAGAGAUGAUGAAGAGGAAGAAAAAGAAGAAGAAGAGAAUGAUGACAGGCCUCCUUCUCUUUUGUGGCUGAUGAAGAAAAUGUCUUUGAUGGCAAAAAGAGAAGCAGCGUAUACUCCUAAAGUUCCCCUGAAGAGAACGUGUGUGUUUAAGUUCCUGGGAGCGACAGCAGUAGAUCUUGGGAGGGAACGGCUCGGCCCCUACCUUACCACCAUCAUCGCUCCUCUCUACAGAGAGCUGGACAGCACAUACGCAGAGCAAGAUCCAACCCUGAAGAACUUGGCACAGGAGCUGAUCGAGCUGUUGAAGAAACAAGUGGGACUGGAGACCUUUUCGCUGGCAUUCUCCAGGGUCCAGAAGGAGUUUUCACAGAGAAGAGCAGCACGCAAACGACACCGAGCCUUACAGGCUGUGGCUAAUCCAGACAUUGCAGCCAAGAAGAAACUUAAGAAGCAUAAGAAUAAAAUAGAAGCCAAAAAGAGGAAGAUCGAGUUCCUGCGGCCCGGAUAUAAGGCUAAGAAGCACCGGAGCCACUCGCUCAAGGACUUGGCCAUGGUGCAGUGACCCUGAGCAGCUGAAACAGGACAUUGUCACAGUUUAUUCUUUAGUGUAUGAAAGUGAAACAAAACUAUUAUUCACUCAGAAAAAAAACAUCUCUGAAAGAAUAAAAAUGUAAUUUUUUAAAAAUAAAAUAAAGUCUAACAAGGCAGGGAGGCUGAGCUCAGUCAUGUCUAAUGUAAGUUUCCAACUUGUCAUUUAGUCGUGUUACACUAAGAUUUUUUUUCCCGCUAAAAUCAACAGGAAGCUGGUUAAUUUCUAACCAUUUGUAGUUUGGAGGGAUUUACUAAAGAAAAUGUUAAAUCCUAA